UGUGUCCCGGGCGGCGUCCCGAGCCCGAGCACGGCAGGAGACUGAGGGGGUCUCCCCCUCCCCCCCGCGGCAGCAUGGAGGCGUUUGUGAACUUCACCAACCAGACCCAGGGCCGGGACCGGCUCUUCCGAGCCAUUCAACACGCAUGCAUGUUGCUUAGCUAUUUAUUAGAGCGUAAGGCUGACAAAGAGAUGAUGAUAAUGAAGCUCAAGAAGUUGGAAUCUAGCAUGCGCUCUGGCCGUAAAUUGUUCAGACUGGGCAACAUGGUGCAUGCCAUGGUAGCAGCCAGACGAACUACCCAGCUACCAGACCUGCUGCCCCGUCUCUGCCUGACAGCCUCCAACCUCAACCGUGUCCUGUAUUUCAUCUGUGACACAGUCCUGUGGGUGAAGAGUGUUGGACUCAUCCCUGACAUUGACAAGCAGAAGUGGCGGAACUGGGCUACCAAAUGCUAUUACUAUUCACUGCUGAUGAAUUUGACCAGGGAUUUGUAUGAGAUCUCCUGGCGGAUGGAACAGGAGGCUCAAAGGGAGAAGGCAAGGAAGGAGAACUCUUCUCAUUGUGAUGAACAAGAUCAGGAUCUGUUCAGUUUCCAUGCAGGUGGGUUGCAGCCUUUUCUCCUCCUGCUGUACCACACCCUGAGGAAACACCCUCCCUUGUUGCUAGACACAGUGAAGAACCUUUGCGAUCUCUCUAGUCCUUUUGACCAGCUGGGAAUCUACAAAACCAACCCAGGAGUUAUUGGGCUCUGUGGCCUCCUCUCGUCCCUGGUGGGGAUCCUCACAGUGGCAAGUCCACAUAUGAAGCUGAAGUACUGAUCUGAGAGCAUCACAUACGGUGAACUGGCAGGUUUGCUUCCCUGACAGUUUUCAUUUCCAGGAUGGUAUUUUAAAAAUGAACACAUUUGACAAUCACUCUUCAUAUGUGGUUUGUUCUCUGGAGGAGUCAGCUUUACUUCCUCCUCCUCCUCCUCCUCCUCCUUCCUGAUAUCCUCUCAGGUGAGGAGCUGCUGUGUGCUGUGACAUACUACAUGAUGGAGAAGAACGGUGAAGAGGCUGAGCAAGGACUGAGCAAAACAUCCCUGAAGAAUAUUGUGAAACAUGGAAAUCAAGACUUUACAAAUUGCUGCUAGUUAAGGGCAUGUUGUUGUCUCCUGUAUUUGAAUAUAGACAUGUGGAAUAGCUGCAUAGACAACUAAAAUUGUAUAAAAAGCCAUAAGUAGUGGUGCUGACACUGGAAAGGCAGAAUUCACCAAUGGGGGUUCAUACAAUCAUUUGUCUUUCUUGAAUACAUUCAAGCAUGUUGGUACCAGGAAGGCUUUGGGAACUGUAGUUCAAAUGGCCUGGAUUAAAACGUGAGUUUUGUGAGGGGAUGUAUGAUGCCAGGGGACUGGUAAUUGGUUAUAUGGAGCUUUUCAUCUCUAGGCAGUGGUUCAAAUCCAGCCCAGGCUGGUAGUAACUGAAGAGUGCUACUGUUUGGUGAUAUAGUGGCCACCAUUGAAUAUGUAUUGGUGGGACUAGAUCCAGUUCCUAGUGACUAGAUGUCUAUAUCCCAGAAACCACCACCCCAUCUGCCCUCCUUGUUGACAAUACAAGGCCAAGGAUUGCUUGAGCCAUGUAAUCUGAAUUCCUCUCUAGAAGGGUCCUUCCAGGUCAUGGUUAGGUACACUGUCUUUUUCCAGUGUAUGGGGGUAGCUUACCCCAGUGCUGCUCACGCUGGGGAUAAGCAAAGGAUUUCAGUCUCCAUGAUUGCUGAUCUGACACCAUUCACCAGCACUAGUCUUCCGCCAAAUACACACACCAAACCCUGGCAAUCCCAGGAGGGUGAUAAUUUCUGUACUCUCUGAAGCAGCUUUUGCACUGAUAGUGCUUUAGUUUUGCUGAAAGUUUUCAAAUAUCAGUUUUAAAUCCUCCUGCUAUUGAGAGAAACCUGCCCCAAGGCUCCUGGUGAGUGAGCUGGAAUGGCACUGCCGGGGGUGUUGUCAGAAAAGGGAACUUACACCCUUGGACUGGGAUGAGCUUGCUGAUGCCAAAUUCCUUUGAUAAGCACCUGCAAGAAGAGAAUCCUUUUAUCUGACCCUCUCUAGAGUCCACCCCAUCAUGGCCACCUGCUUGGAUAAGGACAUGUGGUUUUCUCAUAUGUCACCUCUCUGUUUGGGUGGGUUCUACCAUUCUAAUGUCCCUUUCGUUCUCCCAGCCAUCUAGGUAGAACGUGAGGGGGACUGACUUUACAGACAUGCCAUGUUUCUACAGGAGCUGAGCCACAGAUGCUAAUGAAUCUACUUGUGAUGCAAGAGCCAAAACAAUCCCUUCUCUGGAUCUGAGCCUGAUCUGUGAUCUCUGCUCACCACCAAUGCAGAGACUUCACCCCGCCCCACAGCUGGGAGGGCAGGGUGGUGAGUUUACAAACUUUCCCAGUAGUUUUCUGGUACAGAGGGACUGUGGAAGGGCCAGCCUAGUCACACUGACUCCAGGAGAGACAGCCUAAGAGUGAAAAAACUCUCCUGUGCGGAGAAGGGGGAUAAGUGAGGAAAGGAUUUCAGGCUGGCUGGCCUUUUCAAAGCCUUCCCCCACCAGGGGCUGACCUGUAACACCACCACCUGGGUCUGACAAGGAUGCUUAGGCUUUCAGGCUCACUGCUAUGGGAUUCCAACAGGCCUGUCUUAGUCCUUUGCUUAGGCAGGUCACUGGAUUUUAGAAGCUAAUACUUGCGAUUCCCCCUGGGAGCUGGAAGCUAUGGGUUUAAUUUAUUUAAUUUAGCUUAAUCUAACUAAAGCUGGAGAAUCAACCAAAAGGAGAGAAUUCUUUAGGUCAACCUCCUCAGGCUCCUGGAAUAAGGGCUGCUGCUGUUGUACAUUGUCUAGGGAAACACAACUAAUAAACUGAAGCUGAGUUUGAA